UUAAUAGCCCUGGAGCCCUAUUGGAGUCCCAGGCCUCACCAGUACAUUAUAAUUCUGACCCUUACAUAUAUUUUGUUGUAUCAGAAGGCUUUUGGAAGAGUAGAUCUUAGUAAAUAAGUUUUCACAAUGCACAUAUUGUAUACUAUUUAUAAUAAUGUUCACAUGCAUGGACACAGUUGUUUUUCAACUUAUUUGAAGAAUGUACAAAUUACUUUGCUUCUUGCUUUUUAAUAAUAAUAAAUGCAUCGAUAUUGUUAUUUAUAACCUUUCCAAUAUAUCAUGAUACCACACAUAACAAAGCGAGGCUGGACACAAACCCGACCCCUCACAUGCCAAGCAAGCUUCUUAACCACUAUGCAAAAGGGCUGGGCUUGUGUGCAUUCGUGGUUAUAGAGCUUCCCAUCUCUGCCACAGGGGACAGAACCAGUAACAGCAGUGCAGAACGCAACCCUGCCCGUUACACACAUCAGUAAGCAGAUGACAGAUUGUGCAUGUAGGCUCAGGCUGCACGGACUGUCCUUUCUCAACUUGAUGAUGGACUGAAACAGGAACUCGUGACACACUUUGAGGUGAGCGCCCCUAUACAGCAGGACAGGAAAAGAAAGAAAGCCACAUCAGUUCGGUCACUUGGAAAUGGAGGUUCUUCUCAUUCUCUUAGCUACACUCCAAGCAACCUCCAGCCUCUCAUCAGACAGGGAGGUAAGUGGGUGGGAAGGAGGCUCUGUCAGUGUCCAGUGUCGCUAUGAUCUGAAGUACGGGGACCAUGUUAAGUACUGGUGUAAAGGAAAAUCAUGGGAGCUUUGUGAGGCUGUUAAGUGGAGUGAUGAUCCCAAAAGAGAUGAAGACAAAGUGUCAAUCAGAGAUGAUCAAACCAGGGGAGUAUUCACUGUGACUAUGAGAAGACUGGAGAAGACAGACAAAGGCUGGUACUGGUGUGCUAUAAAAUUAAAUGGCAACCAAACCGAUGAACAUGCUUAUGUUUACCUAAAAGUGGCUCAAGGUAAUAAAAACAUUGUCUGUCUCACUGCUGUGUUUGCAGGCACCUCCAGGCUGUCAGUGGCCAGUUAUACAAUAACCGGUUUGGAAGGAGGAUCAGUCAGUAUCUUGUGUCACUAUAAUGAUUGCUGUUGGGAUCAUGUAAAAUACUGGUGUACAGGGAAAGAAUGGGACUCCUGCAAGACAGUAAAACGGACUGAUUCACCACAGAAUGCUUCAGAUAAAACUUCAAUCACUGAAAAUAAAACCCAGGGAGUAUUUUCAGUGACUAUGAGGAGGCUGGAAAAGGGGGAUGCAGGCUGGUACUGGUGUGCUAUAGAGAGAGAAGGUCUGGAUGACAGGAUCUCUCUAUUUCUCAGAGUUUCUGAUAGACUGUCUUCUACUGUGACAUCACCUUCAACCAUGCCCUCAAAAACCACAGUCCAGCAAUGGAAGAAUAAUCAAACAGCCAGAAACACAAGCAGGUACGGUACUCUUCCAACGCAGUAA